UAUAAUGAAGACCUAGUCAUCAAACAUCCUCCUCUUCUUCUCUUUCUCCACCACCACCGCAGCCGCAGUAGGGCAACGACUCUCUGUGGUAAGUAGUAACAUAAAGAAUCUUCUGAGAUGCAUUGGGUUUUUCAGCAAUCUUUAUCUCCGGAUGGUGCCCCUACAUCGCCUUCAACCACAUCUUCUAGUUACACUGAUUAUACCCAACCUUAUCAAUCCGAUUCCUCCUCCUCUUCUGGAGAGUCUCGGCCCUUUAAAACCUCUUACACAGACCACCCAUCUCCAGCAUUAUCAUCAUCGUGUUCAUCAUCAUCUACGGUUGGUGGCUCCUUUGCCCUUCAAGGAAACAGUAAUAGCCGACUCUUUCAUCUCCUAAUAGCCUGUGCUGAGGCGGGUGAAGAAAAGAAUUUCAAUCUUGCAGAAGCCAUGGUCAAAGAAAUCCGUUCCUUAGCAAACUCUCAAGCCGGGGUGAUAUGUAAGAUCGCCAUGCUAUUUGCCGAGGCUUUAGAUUACAAAAUCUGCGGAAUCGGCCACCAGUUUAACCAACCUUAUUCGAUUCUUCUUGAGAAAGAGUUCUGUGAAUUCCCUUUUGUCAGAUUCGCUCAUUUCACAGCUAAUCAAGCAAUUCUUGAAGCCUUUGCAGGUAAAACACGAGUCCACAUUAUUGACUUCUCCAUAAAUCAGGGUCUGCAGUGGCCUGCUUUGAUGCAAGCUUUUGCCCUUAGAUCUGGUGGACCACCUAUUUUUCGGUUAACGGGGAUCGGACCUCCGGUUAGUGAUGGCUCUGAGUAUCAUAAAAGAAUAGGCUGGAAUUUGGGUCAGUUGGCAGAGACGAUUGGCGUUCAGUUUGAGUAUAGAGGGUUUACAGCUGAGAGUUUAGAUGAUCUUGAUGCUAUUAUGCUUCAAGUCAAUCCCAUUGAGUUUGGGUCAGUUGCUGUUAACUCGAUCUUUGAGUUGCAUAAAUUGUUGGGCAGACCUGGAGCUAUUGACAAGGUUCUGUCAAUGGUGAAACAAAUGAAGCCUGAGAUUUUUACCAUAGCUGAGCAAGAAGCUGACACUAACAAUCCAAUUUUCUUGGACCGCUUCACUAAGUCUUUGCAUUAUUACUUGGCAAUGUAUGAAUCGUUGGAGGUUUCGGCAAUAACCCAAGACAAGCUAGAGUCAGAGAUCUACUUGGGGAUGCAGAUUUUCAAUACCGUGGCCUGUGAAGGGUUUAAUAGAAUUGAGAGAUAUGAGAAGCUGGCUCGGUGGCGCACUCGAUUAGGGUCUGCAGGGUUUGUGCCGAUUGAUCUUGGGUCAAAUGGGUUGAAGCAGGCAGGAUUGUUGUUGUCUCUAAUUGCUGGUAAUGAAGGGUAUACACUGGAGGAGGAUAAUGGAUGUCUGAUGUUGGGCUGUCAUACUGUCCCGCUAAUUGCUACCUCCGCUUGGCGGCCUGGCAACUGAUGUGUAGGGUGUGUUAUUGAGUAAAAUGACGCAGUUGACUCAUCUGCACUCUUAAUUCAUAUGAACUCCAGAUGUUAAGCAAUAAAACCUCGUGAUUCAUCUACUGUCCACGACGAUUCAGAUGCGUCAAGCACUUCUCUUUCAUCACUUUCUAGUACUGUACUGUUUGGUAAUAUAAGAAGUUUAGCGUUUCAAUCUAAA